GGAUGUUCCCUAAGAGGACCAUCGUCAUCAGAGGCAUGGUUCCCUAUGGAGCACACAAAUUAAGGAUCAAGUUUUUGGUGAGCAGAUCUCGAGAUGUCGCUUUCCACAUCCAUCCGAGAUUCAGGGAAGGAAGGGUAAGAAACAGUAUGAUUGGAGGAAACUGGGGCCAGGAGGAGAGAGAAAUGAGCAUGAAUCUAUUUAUGGAGGGCCAGUACUUUGAUAUGUCAAUCCGUUGUGGGAACCAGAGGUUUAAGGUGUUUGUGAACGGGCAGCACCUGUUUGACUUUUCCCAUCGCUGGCAGUCCUUCAAAGAGAUCGACAUGCUGGACAUAGAAGGCGAUGUGCAGAUCUCCUACAUCCACUUCUGAUACCACCCAUUAAAGAAAUAAAUAAUUUUGUGCAUCUUUCAAAGAAUGUUAUUUUUUUAAAUAACAUAUUUCAAAAAAAUCUCAUCCACAGAGUUGCUUAUCUCAGUUUCUUACCUGCUUUGAGAUCAGAUAUCUCAAUAAGAUCAAAUGUCACCUCAGUAUCUGCUGUAUUGUUUAUACCAGUUAACUGAAUUAAU